UGCACAUGGUCAACACGUUGCACUCUCGCCUUUCCCGUUGCACUGCCUACUCGGCACUCUCUCCGACUUAGUUUCAGAAAACUUUGCAGCUAGCUCGCUUCUUGCUAGCCAUAUUUGUUCUGUUUGGUGUUUUGUCUUUGUUGAAGGAAGCAAGCUCGCUAUAUUCUUUGGGAUCGCUAACUUCCUAAAUACCAUCCAUCCGUAUCUAUUCCGAUACCAGAAAGUUUUUUUUUAAUUUCCUGAACAAAUAACAGCACAUAAUGUCCACCAACUGCAAUCAGACCAAAAGCUGCCCGAUUCCCACCCGCGUUCUGCACCUGAAGGACUGGUCGCAGCUCCCGGACUGCUACAGCCAGACACCCGGGGGCACCCUCUUCUCCACCACGCCCGGAGGAACCCGCAUCAUCUACGACAGGAAGUUCCUGCUGGACUGCCGGAACUCGCCGAUCGCUCGCACCCCUCCCUGCUGCCUCCCGCAGAUCCCCGGGGUCACCGUCCCCUCACUGCACCCCCUGAACAAGCUGCAGGACCUCAAAGAGGAGCUGGAGGAGGAGGAAAAGGACCUGCCAGCGGACGAGAGCCAGUUUGAGAUGGACAUCUGAGCGCCUCUUCCUACCUCCUGUGGAGAACGUUUUCUCUUUUGAUGUCCCCAUUGGCCUCUCUCCGGAGCUGCGGAUGUCAUUUCCUCGUCCCUUUUUAGAUUUCCUUUAAUUUCUUUUUUUUACUUUGUGGACAACCAAAAAUAAUAAUCAGGGUUGUUGAACCUUGAGUUAGAAGGCAGCAGUUUGUGUUGUAAAGCUGGGGUACAGAAAGCUGUUUGGGUUGGAGGGCUUUGGUGCCUAAGCUGGAGAAGCUGGAGAGAGGAAGUUAGGGAUUGCAGGGCUGCUUGUAAUGCAGUUUUUUUGCGUUUGUACAUUUGGUACUUUAUAUUUUUUAAGAUGCUACAUGAUUGUAUAAUGUACAUUUAGUUUGGGGAGGGGCGGGGGUUGCAGGGAGAAGACAUUUUGUUUUUUCGUGAGCCGCCCCUUCCUCCGCGUCGGCGGUGACCUGCAGAGGCUCAUGGGUCAGAUGGGUCCUGGCACGCCCGAACCGGGGCGUAGGGGCAGCCGUGAAACGCCCUCCACUGUGCUGGACCGUGCAGCUGUGGAGGGGAAAAAAAAAGAA